AACAAAACAGCUAGACCUCGUCCGGUAUACUUGUGGAAUGUAUUAGACGUGCAAAAGUGGUUGAGGCGACAUUGCAGUGAUUAUUAUCAGCUAUAUCACGAAAAGUUUCUACAUAGAGAAUUUGCGGACCUUGGUUAAAGAUUGAUCAUGGAGACAAAAGUAAAAUCUUUUAAUAAAAUUGAAGAUGAGAAAAUACAUACAUAUAAAAUAUGUCGUUUGUGUGGAGAAAAAUCAGUGUGCUAUGUCCCAAUUUUUGAAGAAAACAAUUACUGUAUUCCAGAAAAAAUAAGCAGAUGUUUACCAAUUAUUAUUUCUCCAACAGACAAUUUGCCUUCCAAUAUAUGUAGACGUUGCCUAUGUCACUUAAACACUAGUUAUAGACUAAUUCUUACUUCGAUGGAAAUAGAUGAUCGUCUACGAACGCAAUUAGACCAAAAACAGAAAAAUAUCUUCAAAGAUCAAUAUGAUGUAAUGUCUUGCGAGGAAUCUGAAAUAUCUAAAUCAACAAAUGCUAAACUACUGUUAUUAAGAGAACUAAAGAAACGAGCUAUUGCUGGCCCAACUGAAUGUGAUCUAUGUGACUUAAAUUUUCAAGAUGUAGAUGCAUUUGAUACUCAUAUGGAACAAUCCCAUUUUUUAAAAUGGAGAUGUAAUCUUUGUGAUAGUAGCUUUUAUCAAUCUAACGAGUUGAUAGCACACAAAAUGUUAAGGCACAGUGGUAAUAUUGUAAUUUGUAGUAGCUGUGAACAUGUUAAUGAUCAGGAAGAUAAAUGGAAGAUUACAAAUGAGAGGAAUAUCCAUAAUCAGGAUAAGCAACAAAAGAUUGAUAAGAACAAUGAUUCCAAGGAGGCAGUUGCAACUUUUACAGUAAAUGAAGAAAUAGCAACAUCAUUAAUUAACAUAGCAGUACAAACUGAUGAUGAUAUUAUUGAAAUAGAAACUGAGAGCAGUCCAGUACAAAUAGACUCGGCAGAACAAAGUGAUACUAAUUCUGAUUCAGACACAGAUAGAAUAAUAAAAAAUUGCAACAUACUUUUGAAGAAACUUAAAAUGUUCAACAAGCAUAAAGAAAAAGAACGUUCAUUUUGCGAUAUUUGCAAGAUCUAUUUCGGGGAGGAUCGAUACUUUGAAGCCCAUAAUAAAAUACAUGAGGAAAAAUCUGUGACUUGCACCAUUUGUUGUACAGAAUGUUCGUCCAUAUAUGAAUUAUUUCUUCAUAAACGUGCAAUGCAUGAUAUGUAUAAAAAAAUGCAAUUAAGAUAUGUUUGCAAUAAAUGCAAUAAAUUCUUCACAAACAGUUGGCAUUGGGAGAAUCACAAUGAAAAUAACUGUUCCAAAAUGGCUAAUAAGUAUUGCAAAUAUUGCAAUACAACAUUUGCUACGCAUCUCAAAUUGACGCGUCACUUGAGGAAACAUAAAUGGGAGAUGAUCAAUGAUCCAACUGUGACUAUAUAUAAAUGUGUUGCUUGUCCUAAAAUAUUUGUUGACAAAGAAUUAUAUGAGAAACAUAGAAAUGUGCAUGAUCCUGAAUGCUGGGAUAAAUUUAAAUGUACCAUAUGUGACCGACCAUUCAGUGACAAGUCUCGAUUACGAAAGCAUUUAACUAUUCAUGAAAACAACAAACUUCAUCAAUGUGAUAUUUGCGGCCGUCGUUUCCUGCACUUACACAAUAUGACAAUGCAUCGUAAAAUUCAUUUUGGGCAUAAAUGCAGUUAUUGUGACACAGUUUUUAAAAAAAGACAGGAUCUAAUAAAACAUAUACAAGAGUCUCAUGGUUUGGAGCCAGAUGUACAGAAACUAUCUAGUAAACUGUACAUGAGCAAGAUUUAUAUUUGCAGAUUCUGUGGCAAGAAGCUCAGCACGUAUCAAUCGUUAAUUAAUCAUGAGAGAAUUCAUACGGGAGAAAUGCCAUUUAGUUGUCCCAUAUGCCACCGGUCUUUUCGGAGUUAUACUUCUAGAUGGACUCAUAUACAACGGCAUCAAAAGGGGAACUUCAUGUGUGAACAUUGUGGUAAAUGUUUUAGUUACAAACAAAAUUUGACCAUGCAUAUGCAGACACAUUUGCCAAUGGAGGCUCGUAAAUAUCAGUGUAAUAUAUGUGAGAAAAAGUUUAUGAGAAACAGUCAUCUGUCUAUUCACAAACGUAUCCAUGAGGGUAUACGGCCUUUCAAAUGCGACGUGUGCUCAUUAAGUUUCACACAAAAGGGCGAUAUGAAACGGCAUCGUAUGCGGCACUUCAAACAAGAUAUAAAAUCGAACAAUUUGCAAUCUAAAAGAGAGAAAGGACAAGCUUAAACUUUAAUAAUUAUAAAAUUCAUUCAUGUUUUUUUAUUAACAUAUAAAUAAAUGAAAUAAACGCAGAAUAUAUGA